AUGGGACAUCUGAAGAAAAAGGACAAGUCAUCUAGAAAAAGAUGUCCCAAGAAAAAGACUGCAGCUGACUCAGUGCAAGAGGAGGGGAAAAAGCACUUGCUGAGGCCCUUAGUCCUUGGCAAGUCUCCAGGUUGCCAAGAACCUAAUGACAAUGGCGUCCUCCCUGGGAGUGCUCUUGCACAAGAGCCUUCCAGUCUCCAAGCUGGUUCCCGCUGGGUGGCCAGGAGCACUCUUCCUUGCACACUGACCAAGACUCACCACCUUGGGUGCGCAGGACCAACUUCAAAACACCAGUCUAUUUGGGUCCUGCACCUGCCUGGCUCCCGCAGACCUCGCAGCAAGGGUGCCUUGCUGAGCCCCUUGACUGCCCCUGGAACACUCGCUGCCAAGACACAGCUGAAGAAACUGAGCCCUGGCAGCAAGAGGAGUCCCGUCGUCACCAGACACACUGGCUGGCCAACUCACACCCAGACUGAGAGUGCCACAAUCCUCCAGCUGCAGGAGCCCCCUGAGCUGAGGCUGCAAACCCUGUUAGCCCGCCUGAAAGGCACGCAAGCCAAGAAGCCUGGAGGACGCCAAACCAAGAUGGUGGCCUUCCAGGCUCAAGCCCCAAGCCCAGGCCAGCAGGCAGAGUCUGGAGCGGCAGGGGCGUCCUCCUCCGAAAUGAGCAGCCUCCAGGAGGCCUCUGCCCAAGGCCCGCCACGGAGGGCUCCCUGCCUUUUGCCGCCGCCGCCGCCGCGGCCUGCCAGCAACAAGCCCCAGCCUAAGAAGAGACCUGCCCAGCUCAUGGCCAAGGCCCUCAGGGAUUACAAGAAGAAGCUCUCUCAGAGGUGA